AUGUAUUCAUCUGAUUUUGAAUCUCCGAAGAAAACAUCUAAAAAUACGCAAUCCCCUUCUUCUACUCGUGGUGUGAAAAGAAAGUGCAUUGGUGAAACAUCUAAAUGGAACAAGGUUCCUCAAUAUAUGAUAUCCCAAACAAAGCGAUUUGGAACAAAAGUACAACCUUUCAAUGAUCUCUCAGUAAUUUCUGACUUGAACACUACUUUCACUAAUAAACAGAAGGAGCUGUUUAAAGCAACACCUUUUGGACAUUUUUUAAAAUUUCCAAAGGAUCUUAAAUUUCAAGCUCAGUUAGUACAUCACAUCAUCUUGAGAGAGGUCUAUUCGAUGUCUGAAGAUGUUGAGUUUUGGUUUAAGAUAAAUGGGACUAUGGUAAGGUUCUCGAUAGAGGAAUUUUCCUUGAUUACUGGACUGAAAUGUCAUGGUAACGAUGAUGAUUCUAUCUUUGUUGAGAAGGAUGAGAGUUUAAGGAAAGUACUUUUUAAGGAAAGCAAGGGUUUGAUAACAAAAAAAGAAGUUAGGAAUGCUUUCAUUCGGAAGAGAGCAAAAGGGGAUGUUAAUAUGGUCAAACUUGGUUUGGUCCAUUUUCUUGCUAAUUUUUUAUUUGGUACUGUUCCUGAAACCAAAGUGAGCAAUUUCUUUUGGAAUAUUGUUGAUUCAGAUGAUGCCACUUUUCAACAAUUCCCAUAUGGUAAACUUUUAUGGGAAAAAUCUCGUCAUUCAAUGAGAUUAAGUCUCAUGAAAAAAGAAGAGAUUUUUGAGAAGAUGUUUGAUGAGGAAACAGGAAAAGUUCAACCAUAUUCCUACAAACACACCUGAAAAGACUGAGAAGAAGAAAAAGAAGGAUGUUGAAGAGGCACCUAGAAAACUUGAGAAGAAGAAAAGGAAGGUUGUUCAAGAGGCACCUGAAAAACCCGAGAAGAAAAAGAUGUAGUAGUUUUAUAUUUUUUGUGUGAACAUAAAUUGAGUUCUUAUUCUUAAUGUCUCAGGCAGGCUCUUUGAGAUUUCAUACUUUGUUUCAAACACACCUGGUUACUUUCUUAUAUUGUUAGGUUACUUUGUAAAGCAUGACAAACACACCUGGUUAUUUUUUUUCCUAAUCUUUUUCAAUGAAUAGGUGUCUUCUAAUUCUUGUUUCAGUAAUAAAAAUUGGAUUUAGUAAUGAUGAGCUGUAUUAUGUACCAGGUUACUUUAUA